AUGGAAACAAUCUUCAAAAUUCACAUUAUUGAUGCUACUCUAACAAAUAAAAACUUGCUUUACGGUAGAGUUAUUGACAACUCUUUAAAUUCAGAAGCUUUGAUGAUUUCCGGUUGCUUUUUACCAAUAAUUUUACCUUUUGAUCUCCCAGAUGAAACUAUUGAAAAAAUUAUGUUUAAAGGAAAUUGCAACUUUACCUUGAAUUCAAUUUCCAAAUUUAAGUUUACUCCUUCAAACAAAUUUAUCUUUGUUAAUAACCAAUCAUCAAAUUCUCCAAUGUGUGUUGAAAUUCUUGAUGAUCAAUUUGAUAUUUUAUUCUUGAAUUCAAAUGAAAAAAUUGGAAAUAUAUCUUUUGAUACUAUAGAUAAAAAUGAUAUCCCUACAACUGCAAAAAAAAAUUCUUUAAGAAGCAUUAUCAUUCCAGAGUUCUUCAAAUUCCAAAACUUUUAUACUUUGAUGGUUUAUCAAAAAAACAAUUUAUUCCCAAAUUUUACCACUAAUCCAGUUUAUUUUUGUCAAGUUGCUUUCAAAAUUAUUCAAAGUUUGUCAAGACCUGAAAGAUUUUUCAUAACUGAUAAUAUGAAAUGUAUCAUGGAUCUCACUGUUUUAAACUGUCCUGAAAACGUUGAAACUCAUUUGAAACUGGGAACUAUUUGUUAUUCAAAUUUUGCUAGAAUUGAUAAAAAAUCAUUAAUCGUGAAUUUUCAUGAUCUCAAGAUUGUUGAUAAAAAAGCUUCAAAAUCAUUACCUACCAAAAGUUUAAUUAAUACCAUUGAUAAUUUCAAAGACGGAACAUAUGUUGGAGAUUUAUUUGAUAGUAAAGCUUCUGCUAAUUUAGAAGCUUCCCAAGCUGAUAUUUCAAUUAAUGAACUAAAAGAUCAUUCAAAAUUCCAAAGUAAUGAUAAGUUCAAAAUAAGUAAUGUUCAAAUCAAACCAAUUGAUUUUUCAUCUUUAGAUUACAUCGACAAUGAUGUUUAUGUUGCUUGCAAAUCAUGUAACAAAGCUCCAGAAUCAGGAGCAUUAAAUUCAUUAGUUAUUGAAAGGAUUAGAAAUAACACUUUAGUUGAAGGUGAUUUUAGUGCAGGUCUUACAUGUUCCAGAAAAACUUGCAAAGCUGGUGAAGCUCAAUAUACAAAAAAGUUUCGCCUACAAAUUUUUCUUUUUCAAAAUAAUGUUGAGUUGAAGGCUACACUUUUCCAAGAUCAACUUGAGAAAUUAUUAAUUGCUUCAAAUAUUAAAUUCCCCAACAAUUUUGAUUUCAAAAUGAAUUUAGUCUCAUUUAUUGAAAAUAUGUCAAGUUUAGAACGAAUUGCAAAUGUUGAAGAACCUUUAACAAAAUUUUUAAAUGAAACUAUUUUUUCCUUUUUAAUUACUUAUCAAAAACAAUCCAAUUCUUCUUCUAAUGACAAAUUUGUUCCAUUCACCAUAACAAAAAUUUUAUAA